AUAGUUUCGUUCAUAGUUCCUGGUGUGUUAUUUUUGUUGUUGAACCAAAAUAGAGGGAAAAAAAAAAUGCAAGCAUCAAUAGCAUGUUCUCCACACGCAUAUGGAGUUGUCAAAGUUAGGGUGCAAUCACAACACACCAACCUUGUUCCAACAACCACUUCCCUCAAACAUAACUCUACUUUGACUCGAUCCAAAUCAAUUUCUAAGCUCACACUCAGAUGCAAGCUUCAACCUCAACCACUGCUGAACCUUUUCACAUUAAAAUCACCGAGAAUAUGCAACACCAAGGUGGGUCCACUUCGGUGUGGCAUUUCGUCUAACGGGUAUGGUGCAAACGAAGGUAAGAGUCUGAGGGAAUGGGUUGAGCUGGUUGGUGAGGUCCUAUCAACGGCAUUUCCGUUGUGGGUGACAAUUGGGUGUGUUUUGGGGUUGUUGAAACCCAAUUGCUUCAAUUGGGUCACUCCAAAAUUGAGUAUUGUGGGCCUCACCAUUAUUAUGCUUGGUAUGGGUAUGACUCUCACUCUUGAUGAUCUUCGUGGGGCUCUUGCUAUGCCUAAGGAAGUCCUCUCUGGUUUUGUCCUUCAAUAUUCGGUGAUGCCACUGUCUGGAUAUUUUGUAAGCAAAAUCUUAAACCUUCCAUCUCAUUAUGCAGCAGGUUUAAUAUUAGUUGGCUGCUGUCCAGGAGGCACAGCAAGUAAUAUUGUUACAUAUCUUGCACGUGGAAAUGUGGCGCUUUCAGUGAUAAUGACAGCUGCAAGCACUCUAUCUGCCGUGAUCAUGACUCCUUUUCUGACAACCAUACUUGCUGAUAAAUAUGUAGCAGUAGAUGCAGCUGGCUUAUUGAUUUCAACAUUGCAAGUUGUGUUUUUUCCUGUGUUGGCUGGUGCAUUUCUGAAUCAAUAUUUCCACUCUCUUGUUAAAUUUAUCUCUCCUUUGAUGCCAACCAUGGCAGUAGCAACUGUGGCAAUUCUUUGUGGAAAUGCCAUUGCCGAGAGCUCUUCAGCAAUCCUUAUGUCUGGUGGACAAGUAAUUUUAGCAUCAUCUCUUCUUCAUGCUUCAGGGUUUUUCUUUGGUUACAUACUUGCAAGGAUGCUCGGGCUAGACGUGUCAUCAUCGCGAACCAUAUCCAUUGAGGUUGGCAUGCAGAACUCGGUUCUUGGGGUUGUUUUAGCUACCAAGCACUUUGGAGAUCCCCUAACUACAGUGCCUUGUGCUGUGUCAAGUGUGUGUCACUCAAUCUUUGGUAGCAUCCUAGCAGGAAUAUGGAGACGCUCUGUGCCUACUGAGAUGGACUGAAAAUAUCUAGCAUAACUUUUUGCAUUGGGAAUGUUUUAUUAUUGGCUUGUAACAGUUUCCUUCGCUAAGUAAAACUAUUCAUCUUGGUUGUUAAGACAUCUGUAUCUUUUCCAGUUGUGACAAGAACUGAAUAUUCAGUUUCAUUUAGUUUAAG